ACAAAGGCCUGCGCUCCGUAAGACAACAGUAGCGCCAUGUCAAGCACGCCGCAGAAGGACACAGCGGAGGAGCACCAAGAGAUGGAGCAGCAGGUGUCGUCUCCGCCGCAAUCGUCGGAGAAGCAGACGCAGGACACUGAGGCGGAGGAGGAAGUACCGGCCACCAUGGGCGAGCAGAAAACCGAGGAGACGCAGCAAGGAAAAGUUGAAGAAGUAGAGAUGGAGAUGCAGGAGGAAAGCCUAGAGCCGGAAAAGCAAGAACACGAGAAGACGCAAGAGGAAAAGACGCCUGUGAAGGCUGCCACACCGUCGGAAAAGAAAAAGCCAAGCCAGGCGACGUCUGCCUCCAAGUCCGCCACUAAAAGGAAGUUCGACGCUCUCCACGCUCGCAAUGCACCUUCCAUUCCAGAGCACGAGAAGAAUAAAAAAGCUCGCGCCUCCGCCUUAAUGAAGACGCCCGGUGCGAAGCUUAAUGAGAAGAAAGCUCCAACGAAGACAAGGGAGUUCUCCUUCGCGAGACCUACAGAAUCUUCCGCUAGUCGCACAACUGCAAUCGCGAAGGAUCACGGACACCCAAAGACGACGCCAACGCCCCCACCUGCUCGUAAGCCGCUACACCCGAAGAACACACCGGCAAAGGCUCAGCACACAUCAGCAGCGGCUCCCAAGACUCCGACAGACAAGACGUCGCGACCUCACUUCAGCUACACGCCAUACACGGGUCCAUUGCCGCCUUUGACCGUCGAAUCCAGCUUUGCACCCAAAGGCUCGCAGAAUACGAGCCACAAGUUGCCUGCCUCUGCACGUAAGCCACGCCCGGCAUCAGCGAAGAAGACACGACCGCAGAGUUCGACUGGUAAGGAAAAUAAUGGUGUGAACACAGAUGGAGAUGCAGCUACUAACGCAGCUUCCAGCAGCAAGGUAAACCACCGUGACGAAGGAGCAGACCCGGUCGGCGUUUGAAAAGAAGGUCAAGGCUCAACGCUUCACUGAGCCAACAGCAUAGCCGACUGCAAAUUUGCUACACACUUGUAGGCCUCCACUCGCCUUAUAUAUCUAGCGCCGUUCUUAUUCGCAUGACGUUGUUUGCAGCUACAUGUAUAUGGAGGCACUAAAAUAAAUAAUCUUUUUUUU